UGCAGGAGCCAGGGCGGUGGAGGGCGCCACGUGCGACCGGAUCUGGUCUUCUCAGUAGGUACAGUGACAGGAGGGCUCUGAUAGGUGACCCCCCCACCCCCCCGCCCCCAGGCCUGGAAGCGACCAGGCUACCCGGAAGAGCAGAGAAAGGUUGGGAGAACUUGGCGGGUGGGAGGGAUGGGCUUGCCACGCUCGGGGCGCUGGAGCGUGGAGUCACCGAGCAGCAGGCAGUCGGGCCGGGAGUGGGAGGAGCGGGCGCGCGGGCCCAGGGAGCCGGGCCGGGAACGCGCGCGCCCGGGGCGGGGCUCGCCGCCCGGCUCCUCCUCCGCGCCCAGCCCGGCGACCGCGGCCUUUCCUGGCAGCGCUUAAGUCCCGGGAAGAGGAGCCCGAGGAGGAGGAGGAGGAGGAGGAGGAGGAGGAAGCACGGGGCCCAGGCGGCCGAGUGCAGCGGCGCCGCCCGCAUGGAGCCCAACGUGCGCUUCUGGAUCACUGAACGUCAAUCUUUUAUUCAGAGAUUUCUUCAGUGGACAGAAUUAUUGGAUCCUACAAAUUUGGUCAUUUCAAUUGAAAAAAUAGAAAAAUCUCGGCAACUUCUGUUAACAAAUGAAGACGCAUCCAGAGGUGACUUGGAGGACAAAAGGAUACAAGAAGCAUGGAAGAGAAGCCUGUCAACAGUCCAUCCUGACAAUAGCAAGCUGAUCCCUAGUCCUUUUCGACCUGCAGCUCUCCUGCCUUUCACGGCGCCCAUGGUAUUUUUGUCGAUGCUGCCAGUCAAAAAGCUAAAGUCCAUGAUUUUACCUCAGGUUUCCUUCUAUACCUACAGCACCAUCUUCAACCUCGUUAAUGGGAACGCAAGUUAUGAUCGUCGCCCCCAUGAGAGUGUGUUACUAGGGGCAGGAGUAAUUGCUUCUUCCACUUUUUUUGGAUUACUCCCUCGUUUGCUCCAAGUAAAGUUCUCACUAAGCACCGUUUUGAGCAGAAACGUCAUUCCUGUGCUCGUUCUGGCCCAGCUCAGUGGAAUGAAUGUGGUUGCGUCUCGAAGUUUGGAGCCCAUGCGAGGGAUUGAGGUCAUGGACAAGGAAGGCAAUGUCAUAGGCUAUUCCAGAAAAGCGGGGGCAAAGGCCAUUAAAGAUACAGCCACAUCCAGAGUUGUGCUGUUUGGGAGCUCAGCUUUUAUCCCGGAGGUCUUCUCAUACUUUUUUAAAAGGACCCAGUUUUUCCUGCAGUGUCCGUGGUCACUGUGGACCCUGAAGCUUUCUUGUACUAUCCUUGUCAUGGGGCUGAUGGUGCCAGUUUCUUUCAGUGUCUUCCCCCAAAUUGGCCGGAUACAGUGCAGUGAGCUUGAGAAGGAAAUUCAGUCUGCAACAGAAGAAACGGAACUCUUCUAUAACAGAGGGGUGUAGGGGGUGAGUUUUCCCGGGAUUUGUUUGGUUCCUUCAUGAAAACCUUUCUCCAAGGUUUCAGUUUUGAGAACUCCGCCCGAGGUGUCCUGGAAAUCCCAGAGGUGUCUGUGCCAACAGAAUGGCUUACAUAUGCCAAGACUGUUUCAAGGCUGGUCAUGCCUAGGGUUAAACGAGCCUGGAUGGAAGAGGAGAAAUGGCAGCUGUCCGGUCUGACCCACCCCACGGGGUUGCUGGGUGGAUAGUGAUAGAAGAUUCAGUCUUCCAUUUGUUCAUCACCCUGUGAAGGGAUACUGUGAAAUUAUGAAUAAACUUGUCCAAGGCGGAGUAUUUGAAAACGAAGGAGAAAGGUCCACUGUGCCCAUGUGCCCCGGGCACAGGCAUUAAAUUGGUACACACGUGGGGUGCCAGUGAGGGCCUCCAGACCCCAAAGCAGUCCUGUCUCCCUUCCCAGCCUGCUCCUAUUUGGACAACUGCUCAAAGUCUUUGCCAGCAGCUGCCCAGCGCCUUCUUUCACUGGCACGUGACCUCAUCUCUUCCUUCACGGUGAAACCUAAGGCUCUGGGCCUCCUGGCACCAAACCUGCCGACCCCCUCCACGCAAGGUCAGCUGUGCCCUGGGCCCAACCCUUCCGUUUCCGCAGGUCCUGGCUCUGCAGCCUCCGCUGCCCCUCUGGUUUCAGCCUCCCUCCCGUCUCUGCUCCUGCCCAGUAGCAUUUAAACUGCUUGAGCCACCUGCCUCAUUAAAAGGCAACCCCCCCCACCCUGUGCGGCUUGUAGCCAGACUUUUUCGAACAGUCUUCUAGUCUCCACCCUACUUUCCACUGCUAAGCCUGCUGUCAUCCAUGCCCCCGCAAUGCUGUUCAUACUGCCACUCUGCCGGCUGUGCAGGCCCGUCACAGGGCUCACUCUCCCGAGCAGCAGGCCUGAGUCCUGCUGAUCCCGCAUGUGCCACUUAGAUGCCCACGGAGACCGUCUUUCCUUCCCAGUCUAGGAAAGGGCACCAGCGCGUAUCAGUUUCGUUAGACAGGAUCACGACACCUCUCCCCCAUGGCCCCUGCUACCACCCCAGCUCAGUCCUACAGCAUCCCCUGCUGGUAUCGCUCAGCUCAUCUCCCGCCCCUCCAGUCCAUCUGCUUUUCUAAACCACCCCUGCUUCAAAGCCUUAAAAGGAGUUCCCCGGUGGCCGAGCAGGUUCAGGAUCCGGCAUGGAUGCAGCCAAAAAAUUAAAAUAAAAAAAGCCUUAAAUGGGAGUUCCUGUUGUGGCGCAGUGGUUAACGAAUCCGACUAGGAACCAUGAGGAUGCAGGUUCAAUCCCUGGCCUUGCUCAGUGGGUUAAGGAUCCGGCAUUGCCGUGAGCUGUGGUGUAGGUUGCAGAUGCUGUUCGGAUCCUGUGUUGCUGUGGUUGUGGCUGUGGCCGGCAGCUACAGCUCUGAUUAGACCCCUAGCCUGGGAACCUCCAUAUGCCGUGGGAGUGGCCCAAGAAAUGGCAAAAAGACCCCCCCCCCAAAAAAAAAAAAACCUUAAAUGGCUUUCCAGUGCAUCAGGUGCAAGUCCAAAUUCCUUGCCAUGGCUGGCAGGAGCCUUCACCUUACUCAGCUCUUGCCUCUCCCUCUCCUCACCCUGGACCGACCUGCAGUUCCUCCACUGUGCUGUGGGCUCACUUCUCUGGACCUUCCCCCAGCGGGUCCCUUUGCUCUGGCUGACUCCUGCCUGUGCUUCAGGUCUCAUUUGGACAUCAAUCACUUUUCUCCAGGAGCCUUCCAGGAUUCACACUACUGAAUUAGGGGUCCCUCCCACAUGCUCCCACAGCUCUCACCACUUGCCACACUGCUGUGCUGUGGCCUGUUUGCUGACCCUACACCCCUGUGGACUGUGCCUUGAGAACGGAACUGUUGUCUUGUGCACCAAGAAAGCCCCAGGAUAGGCAGUGCACAGUGUGGGGUAGGCACCAGACAUUUCUUUCCAACACACGUACCCCGAGUCACCGAAGAACACACCUGUGGCUUUCAGUUUUCCUUAGGCCACAAUGAGUUAUCUCCAAAUUUGGUAAAAGGUGUUUAACAACAGCCUAAAAGGACAAAAUCAGUAAAAAUGAUCUACUAGUGGGCUCCUUGCAGCCACAGGCUUAUACUAAACAAACUUAAAGAACAAAAUGUGCACAGGCUCCAGGUGGAGAUUUAACCACUGACACAGAUGACAGAGUUGUAAUCGGGGGGUGGGGGGGGCAUCUUUUCAAAGAUGACACUGUGACCUUACAGUCAGCCAGUCAGCUCCAGGAAGUGGGAGAUGGAGGGAGAUAAGGGCUGAACCCGUGGUGGAAGGAGCCAGAAGUUUUAACUUUCAAAUGGGCCUUUGGAUAAUUCCCCAGCUGGUUUGCAGAUGACAAAAAGGUUUUUUCCGUUUAUUUGUUUGGAGGGGAUAGAAUUUAGAGAAAGAGAAUUUUUCAUCUGCCUAAAACUCUGUUGAAUAUCAAAAUAUUUCCAUUUUAUUUCUGUAUCAUAAAUUUGUCAUUUUAACAACUUUGAUCAUUAGCUAAUAUAGUAAGUAAUAUAAAAAAUGAGGGAGAAAAAAAUGUUAGUAUUCAUUUUCAUAAAGUGCAGAUUUAAUUUUCAGGUGUUUGCCUCAGUAAACAUCAUCUCAUUUCAAAUCCUCCUCUGUUGCCAUCCAGGGAAGGGGGCGCUGUUUAAAAAAUGUUUCCCUUAACAAAUGUCUAACACCAAGAAUAAAUGAAAGAUCCAAUAAG